UAAAGUGGGGAAACCUAAUUCUCGUAGUGGCAAAAUUCCAAAUUUGUUGUUGUACACACGGCACACCCUAACCAAAACAUCCUGCCGUUUCCCGUUCACCCAGCGUGCGCUCCAUCUUGGCGAGGCCGCGAGGGCGACCGCUACAGCAGCAGCCGCCGCCGCCGCCAGAUCCCCAGGCCUUCGUUGAACCCUUCGCCGUAACGAGAUCAGAUGGCUGGGUAUAUGUCAAGAGGGCCCCAAAAUGGUUCUGUGUAUGUCUGCAAUCUACCUCCUGGAACUGAUGAAAAUAUGUUGGCUGAAUAUUUUGGCACCAUAGGCUUGCUAAAGAAGGACAAAAGGACUGGGCGUCCAAAAAUUUGGAUAUACAGGGACAAAGUUACUAAUGAACCAAAGGGUGAUGCAACAGUCACCUAUGAGGAUCCACAUGCUGCUUCAGCUGCUGUGGAAUGGUUCGAUAACAAGGAUUUCCAUGGGAGCACUAUUCAGGUUCACAUAGCUGAGUCAAAAAGCAAAGAUGCAUUCGAUAACCCCACAAGUUUGAACAUCAUUGGUGGUGUUGGUGAACAAGAUGAACUGGAUAAUGGAGCAGGCAGAGGCAGAGGGCGUGGUGAUGGUCCAGGCAAGGCUUGGCAGCAAGAUGGGGAUUGGAUGUGUCCAAAUACAAGUUGUGGCAAUGUAAAUUUUGCCUUCCGUGGUGUUUGUAAUCGCUGUGGAGCUGCACGCCCUGCUGGUGCUGGUGGAACUGCUGCUGGUGGUGGCGGUAGGGGUAGAGGCCGUGGUAGCUCUGAUGCAAGAGGAAGCAGCCAUGCUGGUGCUGCUGUUGGUGGUCCACCUGGAUUGUUUGGCCCGAAUGAUUGGCCAUGUCCAAUGUGUGGCAACAUCAACUGGGCUAAGCGGACCAAAUGUAAUAUAUGUAACACCUCCAAGCCUGGUACCAAUGAAGGUGGUGUGAGGGGUGGCCGUGGUGGUGGGUACAAAGAGCUUGAUGAAGAAGAACUAGAGGAAGUUAAAAAACGUCGGAAAGAGGCUGAGGAGGAUGAUGGAGAGAUCUAUGACGAAUUUGGCAACCUGAAAAAGAAAUUUCGCUCUAAAGCUCUGCAUACUGAAGGUGCACAGGCACUUCCUGGGUCUGGACGUGCUGGAUGGGAAGUUGAGCAUCGUGGUCCUAGUGAAAGGGAAGGCAGGGAGAGGAGCAGGGAUCGUGUUAGGGAUGACUACUAUGAAAAGGAAACCAGGGGCAGAGAUAGAGGUGAUCUUGGAAGGGACCAGCGCCGGAGCAGGAGUCGAAGCAGAGACCGUGAAAGGGAAAGGAGGGAGAGGAGAAGAGAACAUGAUUAUGAGAGAAGGGAGCGUGACCGGGAUCGGGACCGCCGCCAUAGGUGAAGAUAGAAAUAACAAGGCUUUCUGUUCGUACACUGCAUUUGCCAAUUUUUGUAGCCAUGCGACCCGUGGUCUUGUGUUAGUAACUGGGGGCGUGCGUUGUUGCUCUGAAUCUGAUUUUUGCUUUGAAUGAUUCGCUGCACUGGCAUUUUAUUCAGAUAUUCUGUUUCUUCUGUGAUUACUUUUAUGUUUGUGGAACACA